AUGCUCCUACUCUCCCUUUUUAUUACCACGGUCUGUUGCGGGGCGCCUGGCAUUGCAAAUAUAUCCGUUGUUACCUUCUUCAUAAAGUCAGAAGUCGAUUCAACACCAUGCGCCGGCCUUGAACUUCCACAAAAUGCGAGCCUCAUCUUCACAGAUUCAGUACCCUCACAAAUCGAGAUUCCUCGGAUUGAGCAGGAGGCCGCGGGUGAAUGCAGUGUCCCGAAUGGAACUUUUAUUGACGUUAUGUUUACCAACAACUAUACUCUGCACGUUCGGUGGACCUUCGAGCAAGAUCCGCUCGUCAACGAUCCGGCCGACGGGUACAGCAUGGUUGGCGCAGAACCCGAUCGACUUCACGGAGUUUAUAUUUUGCAAGAACUAUCCGUUUGGAAUAAUAGCACCGACGAGCUGCUCUACGCCAACACGUCCGUCAAAUCAAGUGAGAUUCAAUUGACGUUUGCAUGCUGCGUGGCAGGGUAUUGUUUUCUAAAACUGAAUCUGUCAACAUAA